AUGAAUCGUCAUCAUCCCUACGGCGGUGGAGUCAACUACGACCGUCGACCAGGACCAUCAUCAGGUCCUGGUCCUGACCGUCCUCAGCGUUUCGCUGGCGGUGGUGGCCAAAACAAUCGAGGACGAGGUUUUGGUGGCCGUGGAAGAGGUGGUGGUGGUCAAUCCGGAUUCGGCAACAACAACAAUAACAAUAUGAGCAAUUAUGAUCAAGGCCCGCCUCCCCCCGACAUCGCUCCGUACUAUAAUUAUGAUGCGCCCCCGCAAGAUCCGUACUAUCAAAACUAUGGCCAAUACCCGAUGCAGCAGCAGCAGCAGCAGCCUCCCAAUUAUGACAAUCAGGGUUUCAAUGGCGGCUAUGAAGGCUCUAACUACGAUGACGGUGGUGACAACCGCGGCCGACGUCCGAUACGGAAAGACAGAGACGAUAAGGUGCACGACUCAAUCAUUGAGGAACGUAUUCAACGAGAAAGGCCCUGUCGCACGUUGUUCAUUCGUAAUAUCAAGUAUGAGACCAACAGUGCAGAUGUCCGGCGUCAAUUUGAGGAGCAUGGCGAGAUUAAGACCUUCUUCGAUCUGAUUUCGACUCGUGGGAUGGUCUUUGUGACUUAUUUCGAUUUGCGAGCAGCGGAACGUGCCCGAGAUCGUCUUCAAGGUUCUGAGAUUAGUGGCCGCCCGAUUGAUGUCCAUUACUCUCUUCCCCGCGAUGAUACAAAAGGUGUCGACAGGGACAAAAAUCAACAGCUGCAAGGCUGUUUGCAAGUUACGUUGCGUGCCUCGCCAUCGGGACAGCCGAUAGACGAGAACGAGCUGCGACACAAGUUCCAGCAAUUUGGGGAUGUGAAGUCGAUUAUGCCGGUUGGGGACCGCAUUGACUCACGGUAUGUCGAAUACUACGAUAUGCGAGCCUGCGACCAAGCUUUUGAACGACUGCGGAAUGUCGGUCUUCAAGACGGGGCUAUGGACAUUGCUUUUGCCUGGGAGGAGAAGGAGUCCAACGCAAAUGGUUCCGGCGGAAAUAAUAAUAAUAACCGCAAUGACGGCGGCUUCCAAGGCGGACGGGGUGGCCGAGGUGGGAAUCAAAAUCGGAACAAUCGAGGCGGUGGUGGGGGUGGGGGUGGUGGCCGUGGACCACCAGGGAGAGGAAGGGGCGGGGGCCAUGAUGACGACUUUGGUCGGGAUCGUCGUGGCGGUGGUGGAGGGAGAUUUGAUGAUGACUAUGGUGGUGGCCGGCCCGGUCGGGGCGGGUUCAAUCAAGGUGGCCGAUAUGAUGGGCCACGAUUCGAUGGACCGAGAGGCGGGUUUGACCGUGGAUAUGGUGGUGUGCCACAGGGUGGUCCACCUCCAAUGAGUCCGCCAAUGGGUGGCCCUCCGCCAAUGCGAGGCCCUCCUCCAAUGACUGGUCCCCCGCCUAUGAAUGGCCCUCCGCCAACGAUGAAUGCCCCAGGCAUGGUGCCUAUGCCUUAUGCAGCGCCUGCUCCCAUGAUGCCUCCCGCUCAAGACGACCGAAAUGACCAAGCUCGAAAGGUACAAGCGCUACUCGCUGCGCUUAAACCAGCAGAUAGCUCAGCCGGUGCAGCUGCUGCUCCAAUUACUGGCGCACCAUAUUACAAUCAACCACCGCCACCAAAUCCGACGCCUUAUGGAGGCCAACCUCCGUAUGGUGUUGGUGCCCAAGCCCAACCCCCACCACCAGCAGCCGCUAAUCCCGUAGGGCUUCCUCCUCACGUGUUGGCGCUCUUGCAACAAGCGACCGCCGCUCAGCAACAACAGCAAGCCCCGCUGCCAAAUGCUUAUCCAAUGCCUCCAUCACAACCUGCUGCUGCUCCAGCGGGUGGGAUGCCACCAGCAGGACAGCAGAGCUAUCAACAACUAUUAUAUCAACUGCGCCAGGCAGCAAAGCCACAGCCGCAAUGA